GGAAAAUAUGAACACUAUGUUUUUUUAUAUUUUUAAAUCUUUUCUUUUUUUUUGACAUCACGUUCAAUUAGUGUAACAAUAUCGAUCAUUUUUCAAGCAAGAUAAUGAAAAAUAUCGUCCGUCUUUUAUUUUAGCAAACGUCACUCGUGUAAUUUUGAUCGAAAGCCUGGUAAAAUGAACCGUAGACUUUUCAGCGAUGUCUCUCCUCGUAAAUUCGACUCCAAUGUUGAUUCGAAUGAUAUACGAGCCGGGCUCUUACUUUCGCGAUAAUAUCCGGCAUAAAGGUACUAAUUGCUUCGGGACUAAUUACUUGAGGAAGUAAGUUGUUCCGUAAUACCAUAGUGUUCCAUAAACAGACGAUAGGUAGCCGGCUCAAAAUUUCCUGGCCGUGUAUUAUAAACCUGUGCUAAUUAAUUAGAAGCAUCGUGCCGAAGUAUCUUCCCUUCUGGAUAUAAAGAUGAAGUUCGUACGCUUAAUUGAUCGCUUAAUAGAUAAUGACGUAAACGCGAAACAAAAUAAUGAAUACCAUUUCACUCUGUCAUAAUUGUUUUUUUUUAUGAAUAAUUCAUACGACGAAUGAGUUUCAAAUCAUAAAAAUGAUUUUAAAAAUAUACAACUUUUACAUAAUUUGCCUCUCUAUCACAUCGUGUAAGGUUUUCAGAGCCUCUGGAUUUACCACCUGUACUUUCUUUAUUUUCAUAACUGUUGCGUUUCACACAGUUAUUGUUCUGCGAAAUGCUUUCUUAAUGAAGCUUAUUCUGAUGAUGUCGUUCAAAUAUCAACAUUUAUGAGUCACGGAUAACGUGAAACACAACGCUGACGCUAUAGAAAUAGUUCUACGAACUGGUGGGGAUGACUGCGGCUCGAUUGAACAGGAAAAUAUGCAUGGUUUAUCUAAGGAUUAAUAUGAAAUUUUACCAUCGCCUGUAUUGGUCACGGUUUCUGAGUCUUCUUUGUUUCAUAUGUACCAUUCGUACUGUCGUUUAUAAUAAUUUUGUUAUAUCAUAAAACCAUUUUAUUGUGAUCACAUUUAUACAUGAAUUAUUGUUUGGUUUUGUUGUGACGAUUAUAUGGCGUCGUACUAACCUGUCAAAGUCAAAAUCUUUAAGAUUUGAUACUUUUUAUUUAAAAAUUAUUGGUCCCCUAAGACGAAGUGCAGCCGAUUUGAACGUUUACAUUCACACAACUCUUAUUUUUAUACAAGGUGAUUUCACAAAUGUAUAUAUACAAAUCUUUCUAAAAGGUCCUUUUGAAAGGUAUCUAUAACAUAUUUUCACAAAUAUAUUACACACCAAAGAGGAAAUAAUUUCUUUGCAACACCAAAGUAAGUGUUUCUCAGAAGAUAUUUUUAAUUUUGUCAAUAUUAAAUUAACUUUAUUAUUAUAAUACUGAUAUAAAUAAUGGAGGCUGUGAAUGUAUCUAAACAGCAGUCUAGUUCUUAUCAAAAACAUAAAAAGUUUUUAUUACGUUCAUUUGCAACAAAAGGGGAGUUUGUAAAAGAAUAUAAAAAGCUGUACAAUGAGAAAGCAAAAACUGAAGAACUUUUUCUAAUGCUUUUCAUUGAACUUGAAAAAACAACAUUAGCAGGUGAUAUUAAUAGUUUAAAAAAGUUAAACCAUUUAAUUAAUUAUAUAAGGGAGAUAGAAGAUCAAACAGCUUUACAAGAUUACUACAAUAAUACUAACAAUCCUAUUAAAAACACUAACUUAGUUAUUUUAGCUUGUAAGGAAAAUAAGCAGGAGAUACUAAAAUAUCUACUUGAUAAUAAAAUUCUAACUAACCUAUCCAUGAAUAUUAAAGAAAGCGUUAUACUACCUGAUUAUGAAGACGAAGCAAGCCAUAAUGCAUUUUAUUAUGCCAUACGUUCAGGUAACAUUGAGCUCCUUGAUACACUAAUUCACAAAUGGCCAGGUAAUUAUUUUACCUCUCAUUUGGAGGAAUUGGAUGAAAUUCUAUCAAGAGCUUAUGAAGAAUUAAAGCUAAAAAAUAUACCAUUGUCGGACAAAAUAGAAAUUUUUGUUGAAAGUAAAUUAAUAAACCUCCGUUUCUUCUCUAACACUUCCAAACAGGGUAAAAGUUAUAGGGGUGAUCUUAAUAAUAUUAAAGAACGCAUUGAAUUAAUAAUUCAGAACAUUAGCUUGUUAAAAACAGAGUAUAUAGAUGCAGAAAAAGUAGAUACAAAGUUUUUAUUCAUAGCAAAAUUUAUUGCACAAAAUAUUCAUAUACUGAAACAGCAAUUGAAAUCAACCUAUAAUAUAAUACCUUGGGAAGAAAUGGAGUUUUGUUUAAUCUGCUUUGUUUCUUCUUACAUUAAACAACAAGAAAUUAAUCUGUUUUAUUUUGCGAUAUUGGAUAAAAGGAAAAUACUAAACCAGUUACAAAAUUUUGGAAAGAAACUUGAAGAAGUGAAGAAUAACAUAAACACAAUGGAUAUUAGUAAAUUUUCGGAUCUUCCAAAAUUAAAGCGGCAGAUAGUUGUUGCUAGUAUUAUUAGCAAUUCUCCUGAAUUUGAAGAGUUGUAUACUGAUUACCAACAAAUUAGAGAUAUGUAUUCUUUAGACAAAAUGAAUGAUUAUGUACAGUUGGCAUUAGCAAUUGAUCCUACAGGAAGGGAAGGACAAUUAAUUAUUACAAGAGUCUUGCAAGUUAUUGGUGAAUAUUUCAAAAACACACUGGAAUCUCCUAAAUUAUCUAAUACUACGAGUGAAUUUUUUCUGCUGUCAUUACCAAAGUACACAAGAGAAGUCGUCAUAGACUUACGUAAUUCAUUUUCGCACGCUUAUUCACUCUCCAAGAGAACAGAGAUUGAGAAGAAUACAGAUGUUAAUUUUUUUAUUGGUAUUCAAAAUGAUAUCAGAAAAUUCGGUGAGGUGGUUACUAAUAUUUUUUACGGCAAUAAAAUUAAAAUGAUCAGAAUACUUUUGCAAAAACUUAUUGAUAGUCAAAAUGUAGAUGAGAUAAAAGAGAUUAUUGGAGAACUUAGUACUAUCAAGUUUGAUAAAAUGAUUCGAGAGAACUGCAAUAUAACGGAACUCGAGAAACUUGAGGAAUUGAUUGAAAAAUUAAGUGAUAAUGUAAUAAAAUCCAUUUAUGAGAAACAGCUGUUUGAUGAAAUUAAUAACAUAAUACAUCUUAGAAACAGUGAAUCAACAAGGACGAGAACUGAUUAUGUUACAGGAUUCAUAACUUUACAGAGUUUAAGUGUUACCUGUAGUGAUACUGAGAUUAAUCACAAUAUGGUUAGAGGAAUUAAAUUCUUUGCUAAUAAUAUACUACAGUAUAUUACUCCUCAAAUCAAAUCUCGCAGUCUUAAAGAAAUUGCUAAACUGGUCAUAAAAAUCGCUCACAGUGUUAAAUCAAGAAUACAAGAUGAAAUGUACAUUUUAGAAAUAUACAGAAUAAUCUACAAAAUUGUUGGCAUCAUUGAAUUUGAAAUAAAUGAUAUCAAAUGGAUUGAGUCAUUAAGAGAAAAAUUACAUGUAACAGGUACUUUCAUACCUAUGUAUAAACAAAGACGGACGGACAAUAAAAUAUCAGAAAUAGAGCAUAAUAAUCAGCUUGAACUGAAGUUAUCUGAAUUGCAAAACAUCUUAAACACUAAUGCAUUGAAUGAACAAUUAAUUGAUAAAUCCUCUUCCUAUAAACAGAAUGAAAAACUCCAAGUAGUAAUAAAGAUGCUUGUGCUGGAUAUAAUGUCAAUUUUAGGCAGUUUAAAAAAUUACUUAGAAGAUGAUCUAUUUUUCUUAGAUUAUAAUACUCCUCUAUUAACUGGAAAAUGUUUGCGUAACUACUUAGCACAUGACAAUGCCUUAGUUCACAUAUUAUUACUUGAUCCCUCUAUAUCAGUUAUUCUAAAUGCUACAAAAUUAACAACAGAAAAUAUACUCAAGAAGAAGAAAAAAAUUGGCAAAUUGAUGAAAGAAGAUAUCUCCAAAUUAAAGGAUAAAUAUGGUUACUGUCUAGCUAUAGUUUCUAAUCAGAAACAGAUGUUUGUUGCAUUAGAAGAAGGAAAUCUGGAAAACUUAAAAGAUUGUAUCAAAAAAGGAGCGGACAUUCAUGCUAGAGAUAAUAAUAUGUGGACCACAGUACAUUUUGCUGCCAAAGGAUCCAGUCUUGAAGUUGUAAAGUUUAUUCUUAAUCAGAAUGUAAGUCUUAAUGUGAAGAAUAUUAAUGGUCAAAGCCCACUGCACAUUGCUGCUUUAUAUGGAAGGGCAAAUAUUGUAAAAUUUUUUGUAGAGGAAACAGAGUUAUGUAUCGAUGAUCGCGAUAAUAAUAAAAAAACUCCACUGCAUACAGCAGCUGAAAAUGGUAAUAAAAAUACUGUUGAAAUUCUACUAAUGAAUGGUGCUAAUAUUAACACUCAAGAUCUAAUUAGCUACCCACCUUCACUUUCUGCAGUACGGAAUAAUCAUAUUGAUGUUGUUAAAGUCCUUCUAAAAAAUGAAGUAGAUGUUGAUUUUACACAGUCUGUGGGUGGUUUUUCUAUGCUUCAUGUAGCUGCAGAGUUUGGCCACCAAGAGAUUGUUGAUUUCUUACUUAAAAAAGGGGCAAAUGUUAAUGCAAGAAACGAUAGAGGAGGAAUCCCAUUACAUACGGCAGCUCUAAAUGGUCAUUUGGAGGUGGUAAAUACUCUGAUUUUAAACGGUGCUGAUGUUAAUGCUAGAGUUCUACAUGGUUGUACAUCAUUACAUUAUGCAAUAGAGAAUGGUCACGAGAAGAUAGCUAACAUUUUAUUAGAACAUGGAGCUAAUGCUAAUGUUUCUGAUAAAACUUAUAACAAUACACCUUUGCACUAUGCAGCAAUGAAUGGACAUGAGAGAAUUGUUGAGGCUCUACUAGAAAAUAAUGCCAAUACUAACAUUACCACUGUUGAAGGUUUUACUCCACUGCAUCUUGCAGUGCAAAAUGGUCAUUUAGAAAUAGUUACUACUCUUCUCAAACACAGUACCAAUAUUAAUGUUACAGCUAAACGUAAAGAGAUGCUAUUGCACUAUGCAGCAGAAAAGGGUUAUAAGGAAAUUGCUGAACUCUUGAUAAAAAACGGAGCAGAAGUUAAUGCAAUAGAUGAUACUGAUCUCACUCCAUUACAUUUAGCUGCUUUGAGAGGCCACAAAGAUGUUAUAGACCUUCUAAUAGAAAAUAAAGCUAAAGUUAACAUUCAAAAUAUUAAUGGUUGCACACCAUUACACGCAGCUGUUGAAAACGGUAAUAAAGAUAUUUGUGAUCUUUUGAUAAAAAAUAAAGCUAAAGUAAAUGCUAAAAAUAAUUGCGGUGUUACGCCAUUGCAUACAGCUGCCGCUAAAGGUGACAAAAAUAUUAUUGAUCUUUUAAUAAAAAAUAAAGCUGAAGUCAAUGCUAAAUGUGAUGAUGGUACUACGCCAUUGAAUGUAGCUGCUACGUGUGGGCAUGAAGAUAAUGUUAUUCUUCUAAUCAAAAAUGCAGCUAUAGUUAAUAAUAAAGGUAUCUUUGGUUUCACACCAUUACACUCAGCUAUUAUGGGAGGCUACAAAGACGUUGUUAAUCUUCUAAUAGAAAAUAAUGCUGAAAUUAACGCUGUGGGUGUUGGAGAUAAUACUCCAUUACAUUUAGCUGUAGAAAUAGAAAAUAAAGGACUCGUUGAGAUUUUGAUAAGGAAUGGGGCCAAUGUUAAUGCCAAAAAUGGAAAUAAUAUGACACCAUUGUGUUGUGCAAUUAAAAAAAAUUCCAAAGAAAUCGUUGAAGUUCUCGUCGUAAAUGGAGCUGAUGUUAAUGUAAACGAGGGUGAACCCUUAUCGUUGGCAGUUUUUGCUGGUUAUAAAGAUAUUAUAAAUGUUUUAUUGCAAAACAAUGCUCGUAUUGACAUAAAAUUUCGACAAUCUAUGUCAGCGUUACAUACAGCUGCUGAAAGAGGUCACACAGAAAUAGCGAAUACCUUAAUCGCUAAUGGAGCCGACGUUAAUGUUACUGCUGACACAAGCCAUACACCAUUGCAUUUGGCUGCAGAUGGGUGUCAUAAGGAAAUGGUUGAGCUUUUAUUAUCAAAAGGAGCUAAUGUUAAUGCUCAAUCUAUGGAUGGUACACCAUUACAUUUAGCAGUGACCAGAGAUGAAAAUGUGGAUGUUGUUAGAGUACUAUUAAAGAAUGGAGCAGAUGUCAGUAUUAGAGACCCAAAAAAUAGAAGGGUUUUAGAGCAAGCAGUUGCAUAUAAACAGUUAGAUUGUGUAAAAGCAUUACUAUUGCACAACAAGAAAAUAAAUAUAAAUGCUAAAUGUAAUGAUGACUGGACAAUAUUACAUAUUGCUGCACAGGCAGGUAAUUUAGAAAUGGUAAAAUACCUAAUAAAUGAAGGGUGUGAUGUUAAUGCUAGGAACGCUGCUGGUUCGAAACCCAUACACAUUGCGGCCAGAGAAGGUUUUAAAGAUAUCGUUAAAUUUUUCCUUAGUAAAGACUGUAGUAUCGAUGAUCUUGGUGCAGCCAAUCAAACAUUAUUACAUUAUGCUGCGAUGAAGGGUCAGGUGGAAGCUGUAAAGCACUUGAUAGCAGAAGGUGCUGAUAUUAACAUUCAAGAUCGUACUGGAUUGAGUCCUCUGCAUAUUGCUGCUAACAAUGGUUAUGAAAAAGUUGUUGAAAUUUUAUUAGAGAAUGGCGCAGUUUAUAAUACUGUUGAUAAAUUUUCCAGAACACCAAGAGAAAUGGCUAAUAGCGAAAAAGUUAUUGUUCAAUUAUCAUCAACUGAGAAAUUAUUCGAGGCUGUAAAACGUAACAACUCAUCAGAAGUUGAGAAGUGCAUCAGAAUGGGAGCGUUUGUUAAUGCCAAACAUGUUGGAGCAAAAGGCUAUGUGGGAACACCAUUACAUUUUGCAGCAUGGAAAGGAUAUGACGAAAUAAUAAAUAUUCUGUUAAAAAAUAAAGCUAAUCCUAAUGCAACUGGCAACAAGGCGUUUACUCCCCUGCACUAUGCUGCAAAGUUUUCUCAUUUAAAAAUUGUCAUGAUUUUGCUGUCUAAUGGUGCGAUAUAUAAUGCUAUUUCUGACGAUGAAAAAACACCAUUCCAUUUUGCUGCAGAUAAAAAUGUAAAUGAUCUACUCAAAUUAGUGGGUGAAUCAUUUCGAAAUGUUCGAAAUGGUAACUCCAAAGUUAUUUACGAGCUUAAUAAGAUAAAGAAUAUUGAUAAAAUAAAAGCAAUAAUGAGUGCUUCUGAUCGGGAAAAGCAAAGUCUAAUAGUUGCUGCAAUGCACAGUAGUUUUCCAAAAAUCGAACAAUUGAAACUAAUAGGUCAAGGCGACAUAUCCACUCAGAUUGAUGCAGCUUUACUGUUCGCAAACCAGGAAAAUUACAACAUGGCGCUCAGGUUCAUUACAAACGCGUUAGAAAGAAGAACAGAAAUACUAGGACCAUAUAAUCCUGCCACUUUAGAGAUUCAGACAGACAUAGCCAAAAUACUGUAUAAACAAGGAUCUUUUCAAGUAGCUGUCGAGUUGCUGGACGAGAUUUAUCAGAAACAGAAAGAAACAUUAGGAUUAUACCACAAGGAUACUUUAAAUACAAGAAGCACAUUUGCGUUAAUAAUUCACAGACAAGGGAAAAACGAUGAAGCUUUAGAUAUUUAUCAAGAAAUAUAUAAAAAACAGAAGGAAUUAUUAGGACCAAGACACGAAGAUACUAUGAAUACACAGUUUCACAUGGCGUUAGUUUUAGACAAACAAGAAAAAUACGAGGAAGCAUUAGAGAUGAACAAGGAUGUUUUUCAAAAGAGGAAAGAGAUAUUCGGUGCAAAUCACCGCGUCACUAUUUCUGCCCAAAAUAAUAUAGCAAUGGUAUUAGGUAACCAAGGCAAAUACGAGGAAGCCUUAAAAAUGUACAAAAUAGUACUUGAGAAGAAGAGAACUGUUUUGGGUAAAAAUCAUUCCGAUACCCUGAGAACAUUAUUUAAUAUGGCUGGGUUACAUUUGAAACAGAAAAAAUAUGACGAAUCAUUGAAGGCUCAUCAAGAACUUUUCGAUAUCCAGAAAACCAUUUUCGGUGAAAGUCAUCCAGAUACCUUGAACACACAAUACAAUCUAGCAAAUACGUAUUUUUGGCAGGGUAAAUUUAUUAGCGCACUUAAAAUUUACAGCGAAUGCUUAGAGAAAAGAAGCGCUGUUUUUGGACCAACUCAUCCCACUGUUUUGAAUAUUAAACAACACAUAGAGUUAAUUAACGAUAGAUUUAAGAUGGAAGGUAGCGGAGCAGCGGAGAUCAUCGGGUAUUUGCAAAAAGAAAUCAACAUUGCUGCUAGUAAAGGCGAUGUACAGACUAUUCGGAAUCUGUUAAGAAAUGGAGCCGAUGUCAACGAUAAAGACGUUGAUGGAAGAGUUCCAUUGCAUUAUGCGGUUGGUAAUGGAUACACUGAUGUCGUGAAAAUCUUAUUAGAAAACGGGGCUGAUGUUACUCAAGUUACUAACAAAGGUAACACACCAUUACACACAGCUACUUCAAAAAGUUAUAAGGAGAUAGUCGAACUUUUGUUAAAGCAUGUAAGUCGUGAUAAAUUGAAUGACUUUAUAAAUGCUAAAACAACAACAAGCGGCACCGCGUCGCUUCACAUUGCUGCUAAGAAUGGUUCACUAGAUAUUGUCAAAUCUCUACUUACAUAUGGUGCAAGUUAUAACAUUAAAAACAAGGAAGGUAAAGCACCGAUUGAUGUUUCCAACAACCAGGAUAUUAAUAGCCUGUUCAGACUGAUUGAAAAAUUAUUUAAAGACACAAAGAAUGGUAAUGUUAAGGUUAUUGAGAAUAUACAAGCCUUGAAACCCGAUGAAUUUUUAGCUGUAACAAAUGCUCGUAACAAUCUUAGAUCCACACUGUUGCAAGUUGCAAUAUUCAAUAAGAGGGAGUAUAUUUCUUCUAAUUUAUUAAAACUUAUGGGAAACUAAGAUGCAGAAACGACAAUAUAAGAGAAAGAAAAAUAUAUUUUAUUUACUUUUAUAUUAUAUACUCUAUACGUAAGAUAAAUGAUAAAUAUAUAUAUUUUUUUGAAAGAGAAUAUUUUAUUUUUUGUAAGCAAGUAAUUUUAUGUUUUUGUUGUUUAAAAUAAAGGCUACAGUUUAAUUUUCUGCGGUUCGUCGGUUUAUUAUAUCCAUUCGAUUAGUCUUUAUUGUUUUUUAUUCUUUAUAACUUGAAAGGAAAAUUGUGUAAUUUGAAUGGAGUUAUGGAAACAAUUGUACGUUCUUUUUAUGCCAGUUGAUUAGAAGCAUCGUGCCGGAGUAUCUUCCAUUCUGGAUAUAAAGAUGAAGUUCGUAUGCUUAAUUGAUCGCUUAAUAGAUGAUACCGUAAACGCAAAACAAAAUAGUGAAUACCAUUUCACUCUGUAAUAAUUGCUUUUUUUUUCAUGAAUAAUUCAUACGACGAACGAGUUUCAAAUCGUACAAAAGAAGAUGUAAAAAAUAUACAGCGUGUCCCGGAACUCACGUUACUCCCGAAAUUGGGAGGUUGCUGGGGUGAUUCUGAACAACUUUUUCCUUUAUCACAAUGGUGGUUGAAGCUUCGUUUUUGAAUUAUUAACAAAAAACACUGGCCAAUCAGAGCGAGCAUAGAGUGCGCGCUGAAUCACGAGAGCGUUGGCUCUCAACCACGCUCGAUCGUGGUCGUGAACAAAUGCAUUGGCACAGCUUGGGUAUGUAGGGAAACGUGCGACUAAUUCCACAUUGUUGUUAAUUUAAGACGAUGUAACAUUUGUCGCAGGCUUCUCUCGAUACCCACGCAGUGCCAAUUCGUUUUUUCACGACCACGACCGAGCGCGGUUGAGAGCCAAAGCCUUCGUGUUGAGCGCGCGCUCUACACGCGCUCUCAUUGGCCAGUGUUUUUUUCGUUAAUAAUUCAAAAACGAAGCUUCAACCAAGAUUUUGGUAAAGGAAAAAGUUGUUCAGUAUCACCCCAGCAACCCCUUAUUUCCAGGUGUUACGCGAGUUAUGAGACACCUUGUACUUACUUUCACACAUUUUGUCUCUCUUCACAUCAUGUAAGGUUUUCAGAUCCUGUAGAUUUACCACCUGUACAUUCCUUAUUUCCAAAUCCAUAGCUGUUGCGUUCCAUACAGUUAUUGUUCUAAGAAAUGCUUUAUUAAUAAAGCUUAUUCCGAUGUUAUCGUUCAAAUAUCAACGGUUAUGAGACAUGGAUAACGUGAAACGCAACGUUGGCGCUAUAGAAACUGUUCUACAAACUGGUGGGGAUGACUGCGGCUCGAUUGAACAGGACAAAAUGCGUCGUUUAUCCCAGGACUGUUAUAAAGUUUUACCGGCUUCUGUUUAGUAACGGUUUCUGAGUGUUCUUUGUUUCAUAUGUACCAUUCGUACUGUUGUUUAUAAUAAUUCUGUUAUAUCAAAAAACCAGUUUAUAGUGAUCACAUUUGUGUAUGAAAUAUUGUUUGAUUUUGUUGUGAAGAUUUGAACUUUUAUAUUCACACAAUUCUUAUUUUUAUACAAGAUGAUUUCACAAAUGUAUACACAUCAUUCUAGAAGGUCCUUUUGAAAGGCUUCUAUAACGUAUUUUCGCAAAUACAAUAUUACACAC